CUUGCUAGGUAGCGAGCUUAGUUAGCUAUGUGUUUUGCCUGCUGCUACAGUAUGCAAAUCCAGCCUGAACUGUGCAACCAGAGAAUGGUCCGGUCGAAACGACUGAAGGUUUGACAAAAAUGAAGUUGAGUCUGCUUUUGAGUACUUUAUCAACCACGCGUGUAUUGACAGGAGUCAGAAGCAAAGGCUGGUCUGUCAAGCGCAAGGAGUUUCACUGUUUUCAAACGCCCGGAAAGCUAAGAGGGGAUUGCGUGAAUGAUGAGCCGGCGGGGGGUAGAGACGUGCCGGAACGGGCCGUGGAGGAGAACGGAGACGCGGCAGACGCUGUGGGACACGAGGAGGGGAGGCUGGAAGUCGGCGAAGGCCAAUCGACAGAAGAGAAGAGAUUCCCCAAGAAAAAAGUGGCCCUGCUCUUGGCGUACUCUGGCAGAGGAUAUUACGGCAUGCAGAGACACGUGGGCUCUUCAUUUAAGACCAUCGAAGAUGAGUUGGUCACAGCCCUGGUGAAGGCGGGCUGCAUCCCAGAGAGCCAUGUUACAGAUAUGAAGAAGAUGGCAUUCCAGAGAUGUGCACGAACAGACAAGGGUGUGUCAGCCGCUGGGCAGGUCGUGUCCCUCAAGCUGUGGCUGAUUGAUGACAUCAUCGCCAAGAUCAACACUCACCUGCCAGCGCAGAUCAGGGUGCUGGGCCUGAGACAAGUGACCGGAAGCUUCAGCGCCAAAUUCAACUGCGACGCCCGGUCCUACUCCUACCUGCUUCCCACCGUGGCCUUCUCCCCCAAAGAGCAGGACCCCGACGACACCGGCUUCCGGCUGGGGAGGGAGACCAUCCAGAGGGUGAACCGGCUGUUCUCCCUGUACGAGGGAACCCACAGCUUCCACAACUUCACCUCUCAGAAGGGCGCGCGGGACGCCAGCGCCCGCCGCUUCGUGAUGGCGAUGGCGUGCGGCGAGCCCUUCGUGCGGCGGGGGGCGGAGUUCGCCAUCGUCACGGUGAAGGGCCAGAGCUUCAUGAUGCACCAGAUCCGCAAGAUGAUCGGGCUGGUGAUCGCCGUGGCGAGGGGCUACGCGCUGGACAGCGUGCUGGAGCGGAGCUGGGGGGAGGAGAAGGUGGACGUCCCCAAAGCCCCGGGCCUAGGCCUGGUGCUGGAGCAGGUGCACUUUGAGAAGUACAACCUCCGCUACGGCGCUGACGGGCUCCAUCAGCCCCUGGACUGGACCCGGGAGGGGGAUGAGAUCGCGGCCUUCAAGGAGGAGCACAUCUACUCCAGCAUCAUUCGGACGGAGCGGGAGGAGAGGUCCAUGCAGGGCUGGAUGGCGACGCUGCCCAUGCACAAUUUCGAGGCCGCCGGGACAGGGGUCCAGGAGGGAGGAGACGCUGGGCAGGAUGACAGUGAAGAAGCAAGUGGAUCGGAUUAGACUUCCGCUGAAACUAUGGAUAGCGACUGGUUCCCUCGAGUCUCAAGGAGAGUUUACCCUCUCCCCCCGGUUACGCUGA